AUGCGUUUCUCCACCGCCACCAUUGCCCUCUUCGCCAGCCUGGCUGCUGCCGCCGUCCAGAACGGUGCCGACUCCACUGUCUACCAGACCGACGAGGUUACCGUCAUCUCCUGCGCCGCCUCGGUCACCGACUGCCCCGGCCGUGAGACCUCCACCCCCGCCGCUGGUGUUCAGCCCACCACCACUCCCGCUGGUGUUGAGCCUACCACCACCCCCGCCGGUGUCGAGCCUACCACCGCUGCCUCCUCCGGCCCCAGCGGCGGUAUGCCCCCUGCCUCCUCGGGCCCUGCCCCCAGCUGGUCCUCCAGCUACAGCUUGACCACCUUCACCAGCUGUGUCCCCACCGUCAUCACCUCCCAGGUUCCCAUCCCCUCCGCUCCCGGUGGUGGCUCCCCCGUCGGCCCUGGCUCCAGCGGCGUUCCCCACGCUCCCGGCUCCUCCUCCGCUGUUAACCCCAGCGGUACCUCCCCCGUCUCUCCCUCCGGUACCCCCGCUUUCAACGGUGCCGGUGCCGUCUCCGGCUCCCUCACCUUCGCUGGUGUUGCCGCCGCCGCUGCCUUCUUCCUGGCAUAA